AUGAGAGUCAUUGAUUUGACUGAAGCCCACCACGCCUCGUAUGAGAGCCGUGGUCUUAACAAAGUCCCUCGGGGCUUCCCACCCAGGACGCAGCUGCUCAAUCUCCGUGGCAACCACUUCCAUUUCAUCCCCGCCAGAAGCUUCCCGGGCACUGGUCGAGUUGUGUCUCUGUACCUGGACUUCUGCAAAAUCCACGAAAUCGAAGCUGGGGCCUUCCGUGGAAUGAGGAACCUGGUGUAUUUGUACCUGUCUGACAACGACCUCACGUCUUUGGAGCCCGAAGCUUUGGCCGGACUCCCAAAGCUCGUCUAUCUUCACCUGGAGGGGAACCGACUGGCACAAUUCCCCGGAGCAGCUCUGUCACUCGUACCAAAUUUGUCCGUCCUGCAUCUGGAGCGAAACGCCAUCUCGAGGCUGGAGCCUGCUGGCUUACUGUGCUCAGCUGCUCCGUCACUGAUGAAGCUCUAUUUAAGGAGCAACGCCAUCAGUGAAAUCGCCAAGGGCGCCCUGGACUCUGCUAACAUUGAAACGCUUCACCUGGAUUCAAACCGGCUGACCCGGGUGCCGUCCGACGCUCUGACUGACACGCCGAACCUGACGGAGCUGAACCUGUCUCAAAACCCGGUCCAGUGGCUCGGACCCGAGACCUUCCAGGAGAUGUCACACAGUCUUCAGAGGCUUUACAUGAAUCAGAUGGGGAUGGAAGAGAUGCCGAAAGAGGCUCUGCUGGGCCUGGGUCCACGUCUGAAAGUUCUGACCGUGAGAGGAAACCAGCUGAAGGCGCUUCCGGACCUGAGCCCGCUCAGUGGCCUCGAGAUGAUCGACCUGCGGGACAACCCUCUGGUCUGUGACUGUGACCUGCUGCCCCUGCGAAGGUGGAUGGAGAGAGUGAAGUUGGACGUUUUAGCAACAUGUCGUCACCCUCUAGAGCUUAAAGGUCAGAAGGUGAUGGACACCAAAGGGUUCGCAACCUGUCCAGAAAGCACAACUUCUCCGACUGAGACUGGAUCCUGCAGGACCCACGGCUGCAAGACUAAAAUCCACCAGAUGAAGAAGGCGGCCAGAAAAGCUCAGAGCACCCAGUGAAACAUAAGUAGGUCAAAAAACAAGAAGAUGGACAAAGCAAGUGGAGGAAAUUGAGUUUGUGUUAGAUUUUUAGUCUAUUAGUGUAGA